AUGUCCCGUAUUUUAUCAGAAAACAGUGAUUGUUACAUCCGACGCAGGGGUUUAAUAGUUGACAGUCCAUCACGGGCUUGUUCUAAGGAACUAAUAACAACUUCAUCUACCGAGACCACAUGCUCAGUUUCCGAAAUUAGCUCAAAAAAUGCAGAAUCACUGCCAUUGGCUGAGUGUGAACUAAGCGAUGACGACUUGUUUUAUAUUUGGAAGCGCAAUUCACCACUACUCUACGACACCCUACUAUUACACAAGUUAGAUUGGCCUUCGCUGACCGUUGACUUGAUGGAAGAUGUUGGCAGCUGUAAAAUUAAGGGAUCUUCCUUGAUACAACGCGUACUAAUAGGAACACACACAUCGCAGCAGGAAAAUGAAUAUGUCAUACUGGGUGAACUUAAAACUCCACUCUACCAGCCUAAGUAUUAUGCCGGAGAUUUUGAAAACCAUGCCGAUUUUUCAGUUAAACUUAGAAACAAUUCCAUUGGCAACAUUCCCAGUUUUGAAUUGAAGGCUAGGUUGGUCCACCCAGGGGAGGUAAAUCGCAUAUCGCACAUGCCAAAUAACAAUUUCUACUUUGCAUCCCAGACUAAUUACGGUGAGGUACUAGUAUUUGAUUACUCAAAACACCCAUCUGUACCCAUUGAUGCCAACGUUUCUUAUCCACAAUUUGUUUUACAGCACCAUACAAAGGAAGGAUACGGUCUUUGUUGGAAUACAACUAGUGGGAGAUAUACUGAAUCACAACAGUUACCAUUGCUAAGUUCAUGCUCUUCUGAUGGUACACUCUGUUUGUGGGACAUAAGCAAGAAAUCUCACAAGAAAUACACCAAUGGUAAUGAACGUGUAUCCAAUAGUUGCCAGAUUAUUGAACCAAUAGCUGCUGUGACUAGUGAGUGUGGACUAAAUGAUGUAAAAUUUUUGCAGGAAUACUCGCCGGUUGUGGGAACUGUGACUGAUGAUGGGCGAUUGCAGAUUUAUGAUUUUAGAAAUCCACCCGUCAAAUUUAGUUCCAUCGAAUGUAACCUAUUCAAUUCAGAUAAAAAAGAUUCUUGUAUAUCGCAAAAUAAUCAUUCAAGUUUUCAACUCAACUGUUUGAGUUUCAACCCAUAUAUGAAUACUCUGGUUAUCACGGGCAGUGAAUCGGGGUUGAUCCAUUUAUGGGACCUGAGAUACCCCAAUGGCUCCAUUAAAGAGAUAAAUAAGCAUAGAGAACCUGUGACUCAAGUGUCAUUUUCAUCAUUUAAUGCUGGGAUUUUUGGAUCAUCUUCGCAUGAUGGCACUAUAUCUAUCUAUGACCUUGGCAGUUCAAAUGGCCCGAACAAGGACAUCACCAAUACCGAUGACUCUUGUGAUGUAAAGGAAUUGAUAUUUGUACACAGAGGCCACCAAGGCCCAGUAAAUGAUUUUUGCUGGAGCCAGAACCCGCGUUAUGGACAUACCAUCGCAUCUGUUGGACAGGAUAAUUUUUUGCAGUGCUGGAGACCGCUGAAUAUUUAA